AUGGACGAGGAGCUUGAAUCCGCAGAACCGGCGAUCGAGCAUCUGCGGAAACACGUGGAUAAUAUUGCGCUAGACGUCUUCGAGAUCCGGGUUUCGCCGGGGGGUGACUUGGUUUCAACAUCAAAUGACCGAGAGGACGACAAUACUUUUUGCCCUUUUUACCCCUCCUUAGAACUAACACAACAUCCGGAUGGCAUCGAGGCCAUCCCAAGGUCAGAACUAGAGGAACUUGAUAGACUUGGACCUCUAGUAGAUCUCGUCAGAUGCUUAAGCCCCUUGGAGCCCAACAACAGGAACCUUACCGGAGCACAGCUUGUAUUCAAGUAUUAUUUUAUACACCAGCGCCUCUCUUAUGUGUGGCAUGAGAUGAAUCUCUGGAUGCGAUUGCCGAAUCACCCGCACAUUGUGCCCUUUGACAAAAUCGUCGUGGACGAGAUCCAAGGACGGUGCGUUGGGUUCACCACCAAGCACAUCUCGGGUGGAACUCUCGAAGAGAAUAAGACACGCGUCUUUAAGCUGAAAUGGCUUCAUCAGUUGAUUUCUGUGAUCGACGAGCUCAACCUGAAUCUUGGCAUUGCCCACCAGGACGUCACUCCUCGGAAUCUCCUCAUCGAUGCCAGCACGGAUUCCAUAAUGAUAUUUGACUUUAACUUUUCAGUCCGAAUCGGUGAGGUGGGAUACGAUGAGGACCGGAACGACAUCAAAGGACUCAUAUUCACAAUGUACGAGAUCAUCACUCGUGACAUUACGCUACGCGAGGUUGAGCAUCAAGAGCAAAACUUCUCAGAUAUCGAGAACAGGGAGUGGAUACUACAUCCAGAUGUGCGACUCGAUCACCCAGUCUCCGGCUUUCGCGGGACUCUUGCUCAAUGGUCCGACAGGCGGCGGCAAGGCAGGCGGGUUACUUGCUACAAAGAUGCCCUCAACUUUAUUGACUGGCCAAACACGCCGGAACCACCGCCAUCUGAAGUCGUCAUCAACUACUCAACUGGACCAGUGACGCAACUAAAAGUGCUGUGGAGUGUUGAGAGACGGAGGAUGCUAGAACAAGGCAAGGAAGUCUUGAACUGGCAACGGCCCCCCCAAGCAAAUUUCAAGCCCGGGGACAGGCUUCUGGCGACUGGUGAGUUGAUAUCGGAGGCUUGA